AUGCAUGAGAUUGUCACACUCCAGUUGGGUCAGCGGGCGAACUACCUAGCGACCCAUUUCUGGAAUCUCCAGGAAUCUUAUUUCACAUACAAGGAAGGCGAAGAGUCGCCUGUGGACCAUGAUGUCCAUUUUCGCCCGGGAGUUGGAGCCGAUGGGUCUGAGACGUACACUCCACGGACAGUCAUCUAUGACUUGAAAGGUGGAUUUGGAACCUUGCGGAAGCAAAAUGCGCUGUACGAACUCACAGAAGACUCCUUGGCCGGCCAGGGAUUGUGGGAUGGCCUUGAGAUUGUACAGAAACAAGCACCUAUCUUGCAAAGCGAGUAUCAAAGAAGCUUAGAUCUUGGUACCACCGCCCCUCGUUUAACAUCAGAAACGGUGCGAUACUGGUCUGACUACAACCGGGUCUUCUAUCACCCACGAUCCAUUGUUCAACUUAAUGAAUAUGAGCUGAACUCCCAGGUCAUGCCUUUCGAGGAUUGGAACGUAGGUGAAGACCUGUUCAACGACCUCGACAAGGAGCAUGACCUCUUGGAUCGGGACGUCAGACCGUUCGCCGAGGAAUGUGACCAAAUGCGAGCUCUUCAACUGUUCACAGGUUCCGAUGAUGCGUGGGGAGGCUUCGCUGCUCGGUACAUCGAUAGGUUACGAGACGAGUAUGGAAAGAAGAGUAUCUGGAUCUGGGCUAUUGAGGAUGGGGCAAGAGUACAGCGACACCAUCAAUUCAAGAGGGACACGAAUAAGGCCAAGUCGCUAUACUCGAUCUCGCCUCAGGCAAAUCUUUAUGUGCCACUUGUCGAUAUUCCUCAGAAAUUGCCGAACUACCUCAGUGUAGACCGUCACUCUGAAUGGCAAAAGUCUGCUCUCUUGAGCGCCGCGGUAGAAACAGUGACAUUGCCCUCUCGACUACAGCCAUACCAUGACUUCGAGGCCUCCCUAGCCGGAGACGAUGGAAGACACAACAUUUACGAGCUGCAAUCAACCUUCAACCCCGAGAAACAAAUUGAUGACGCCUCCAGAUCCGACGACGAGGGCUCGCCUAAAGCUCGAACCAAGUUUGACAUUGACUUCACCUACGACAACGAAAACACCGAGACAGCAACUAUUUUCAACCAAGUUCAGGUCAUGCGAGGCAACGAAACCAAGACAUCCACUCAACCACCGGAAAGUGGUGACAUCGGUCAUCUUCGCAAACUUCGUUUGUAUAAUUCAGAGCCAAUGCUACAAAGUUACCACAGUCCACUCCGUCUACCCAUUCUCGACAGUUUCCCGCACGGCAUGUUUUCCGCGUCCCCGGCUAGUGCUGAUGGGUUGAGUCUCUUUACCGCAUUGACCGCGUCGACUCGGACAGCCGACCGGAUCAAAGCUAUUCAGGCCACUGCUGCACGGAUGCUAUCAGUGGAUGAACGAGAGGCAAUGGUCAACGGGCUGGGCGAGAUCCGGGAAUGCUAUGAGACGGGAUGGAGCAGUGGAUCGUCCGACGAGGACGAUGAUUAG